ACUCGCUAAACUACUCAUUGACACUUCCCUUGUAAUAUGGGAUGAAGCUCUAAUGACAAAUAAACAAUGUUUCGAAGCAUUUGAUAGAUCUUUAAGAGAUAUAAUGUCUGAGUCCACAAAAGAAGCUUCUGAUAUACCAUUUGGAGGAAAAGUUGUUGUUCUUGGUGGAGAUCCAAAACAAAUACUUCCUGUUAUAGAAAAUGGCUCGAAAUCACAUAUUAUAAGUGCCUCAAUUGUUAAAUCAUAUCUAUGGAAACAUGUAACUACUAUAUAUCUUAUGGACAACAUGCGACUCAAAAGAAUCAACCAAAACACUUCAGAAUACAAGGAAAUUGAGUCUUUCAAUAAUUGGAUAUUAAGUGUUGGCAAUGGAGAUACCAAAGAUUCAACUAAUAAUGAUGAUGGCUCAGACUCGGUGUUAGUACAAAUACCAGAAGAACUACUGAUCAGAACUACAGGGCACAAAAUCGGAGCACUGAUUCAUUACACUUACCCUGAUUUUCAGACUAAUUUUCAGCAUCCAAAUUACCUCAAAGAGAGGGCUAUACUGACAACUACAAAUGAAAUUGUCGACGAAAUAAAUGAUUACAUGAUAAAUAUACUGCCUAACCCAGAAAGAGAAUAUUUAAGUGCAGAUAGUAUAUCAAAAUGUUCAGAUGCAGUAAAUGAUGCAAAUAUCUUAUACCCUGUUGAAUACCUUAAUACACUCAAUGCUAAUAAUUAUCCACCACAUAAAUUGCGGCUGAAAGUUGGUGUUCCAAUAAUGCUACUGAGGAAUCUUAAUCAAAGCUUAGGACUAUGCAAUGGAACAAGACUAAUAGUAACUAGCUUAGGAGACAAUGUUAUCGAGGCUGAAAUAAUCAUAGGUACACAUACUGGAGAAAAAACAUAUAUUCCAAGAAUAAAUCUAACAACAAAAGCAUCUCAUUGGCCAUUUACUUUAAAUCGCCGUCAAUUUCCUAUCAAAGUUUGCUACUCAAUGACUAUCAACAAAAGUCAGGGACAAACAUUGUCAAAUGUAGGAGUAUAUUUAAAGAAACAAGUAUUUACACAUGGACAGUUAUAUGUUGCAUUGUCACGUGUUACAAGCAAAAAGGGCCUAAAAAUACUGAUUGAAAAUGAUGAUGGAUCUUGUGGAUCGAAAACACAGAAUAUAGUAUACAAAGAAAUACUACAAUCAAUUUGAAAUGAAUAUGCAUCCACUGAUUACCUUCACUUUCACUUGUUUCAAAUACAGAUAAAUAUCAGUUUGCCUUCUCAAAUUGAAUGAGAACUACUACAAAGGGUAUGGAAUUCCAAACGAAACACCAAGGAAGAUCACAUUAUAACACCUUCAUCUGUUUGUGAUAUACCAAAAGGUAUGGAACCAUAGCAGAGACAGAGAGAGAGAGAGAUAGUCAGCAAUACUGUUGUUGUAUUGCGCAUUCUAAAUUACAGCUGUUCAUCUAUGCUUUCUUUCGUGCCUUCCUACAGGUAUCUGUGCAUACGUACCCUAUCACUCGGCCAUCCCGCUAUGGGAUCCUAUUAAUUCUGUGAAAUGGGCAUCUACACUUAGCUGAGACCGAGACCAUGUCUGCGUUAACAUUAGCUGCAAAUCACAACACUAGUGGUUUUAGACUCCACUCGCUGCGUCCAUGAUAGAUUAGAACAUGUUGACGAAUUCUCACUGCCUGCUCUGGUCCAUGGAUACACAGCUUCUCAACAGUUGCGUGAGGCGUUAUGCCUUUUUGACAAGUUUUUUAGGCAUGCUGAAGCCUGGGCAACAGACACAUGGGUGUGCUUUAAAGGGAGAGGCUGUCAAUGACUUGAUACCAGCAAGCGUUCUCAUUGACUUCUACUCAAAAUGCAGCCUCUGGGCAGAUGCCUGCCAAGCUUUUAGUGAGGUUAGGCAUUAUGACACAAUUGUGCUCAAUUCAAUGAUCACCGUAUACUCGAACUGUGGACAGACAGAAUUAUGAAUUCUAAUUUCCAUCUUAAAUGUUCCUUACCAUUAUUUUUUAAAAAAGAUUCCUUACUAUUACA